GCAUCACUCUAUAAAAAAAAAAAAAAGGUUAGAAAAAAAAAAAAAAAAAGGAAAGGGGAAAAAUGGCUUCUAGCUUGAUGUCCAAUGCUGCCUCAGCUGUCGCCUCGGCUGGCAGUGUUCAGGCCAACAUGGUGGCUCCAUUCAAUGGGUUGAAGUCUACUUCAGCUUUCCCUGUUAGCAGAAAGAACAACGUCGACAUUACUUCCCUUGCUAGCAAUGGUGGCAGAGUGCAAUGCAUGCAAGUAUGGCCACCAAUUGGCAAGAAGAAGUUCGAGACCUUGUCUUACCUCCCACCACUUUCCCCUGAGUCAUUGCUUGCCGAAAUCCAAUACCUUCUUAACAAUGGUUGGGUUCCUUGCUUAGAGUUCGAGACAGAACACGGAUUUGUGUACCGUGAGAACCACAGGUCCCCAGGGUACUAUGAUGGACGCUACUGGACCAUGUGGAAACUGCCCAUGUUUGGUUGCACUGACCCAGUACAAGUGGUGAACGAGCUCGAUGAGGCCAAGAAGGCUUACCCUAAUGCCUUCAUUAGGAUCAUCGGGUUUGACAGUUUCCGUCAAGUUCAAUGCAUCAGUUUCAUUGCCUACAAGCCCCCAGGCUUCUAAUUUCUAAAGAUCGUAUGAUCAAUAAAUACUUUGUUUGUGAAGCAGGCUUGUGUUUUUAUUUAAGUUUAGUAGUUGUGUUUGUAAUAAUUUUUUCGAAUUUUAAUGGAAUUGUAUGCAACUAUGUAUGUUUCAUUUAGAGCGAAGUGAUUGUUCUUGUAAUUGAAUGGAGAUUUCCUUUGUUUUAAAGUGUGCUAGUUUAUCAAGUUUCACACUAUUUAGCAAUUGGAAUCCAUGCAAAGUAUUUUACAUGAAUUAGUCAAACAAAUUAAUUUCAAA